AGUACAGUUCGAGAGCGUCUCAAAGUAGAUCUAGGGCAACAUGAAGGGCACGUUGUAGUUUUUAAAAAACAGAAUAGUUAUUGCGUUGUGUUCCGUGAAGAAUAAUAAAGCUUUAUACUCUUGGAUCGAAUAUCCACAAUAACAUGCUUCUGACUUAUUCUUCAUUGGAGUGCAAGAACUUCCAUCAAUUAUUAUAUACACUCAUUAUUUUUUUGGUGCUACUAUGAGCUUUUGUUGUGAGUUUAAUGGUUGCAAUAAUGAAACCAAUAUUUUGGCUGUCAUUUUUGACUUGGAUGGAACACUUCUUGAUACUGAAAGGGCUACAAGGGGUGUGAUGAAUGAAUUUUUGGGAAAGUAUGGGAAGAAAAUGGACAGGGAAAAGGAAGAAAAGAAGAGGCUUGGGAUGACACAGAAGGAUUCAGCAGCUAUAAUAGUUAAGAACUAUCAACUCCCAUUAACACCUGACCAAUUUAUCGCAGAAAUCACUCCUCUCUAUAGGGAAAGGUGGAGAGACACCAAAGCAUUACCCGGUGCUAAUCGCAUUAUCAAACAUCUAGUGAAAAAUGGGGUGCCAAUUGCUCUUGCUUCAAACUCCUUGAGAGAAUACAUUGAUGCAAAGAUUCUUCAGCAUCAAGGUUGGAAAGAAAGCUUCUCUGUAAUUCUAGGAAACGACCAGGUUAAAUGUGGGAAGCCUGCUCCAGAUUUAUUUGAAGAAGCUGCCAAGAAAAUGGGUGUAGAUGCAGUUAACUGCCUGGUGAUUGAGGAUUCCUUGGUUGGCGUCAAGGCAGCUAAUGCAGCAAAAAUGAAGGUAGUGGCUGUACCAUCUAAAGGGGAAUCUGAUUGUAGUAGGCUGGCAAAUGUUACUCUCAAUUCACUUUUAGAGUUUCAACCUGAGCUUUGGGGCCUUCCACCUUUUGAUGAUUGGGUAGAUAACACAUUGCCUAUUGACCCAAUUCAUCUGAGUGGUUUAUAUGUUACAGGAUCUCUGCUAGGAACCACAGAGAAUGCAACAUUUACUAUUCCUGAUCAAGUUAUUGGGCUAUACUUUGGUUGGGCCAAAGUUGAUUCAAAUAGGAACUUCAAGAUAUUGGUUAACAUUAACUUGGACUUCUCCGGUGUUUCCCACAAAAAAAUAGAUCUUUGGCUUAUUGAUACAAACACUGACCUUACAUCUGACCAGAAGAUGGAAAUCAGUCUUAUUGGCUACAUAAGAGCAUGGGAUAACAAGAAACUCGGGUCAAUGGAAAUGGAGAAACUUGAAGAAUACAAGUCUAUUGCGAGAGCUUCACUAGAUUUGCAAUCAUUCAGUAGUUUUUGCUAGAAAGGUUUCGCAUGGAUGAAUGAGACAAUAAAGUGACCUUAUAAAUGGAGACUUAGAUGGAAUAAUUAUGUAACUUUAGCAGCUUUUUCAUAAUAAUGAAAUUAAUUGUAUAAAGUGAGAUAUGCAUGACAUGAUUUAUGAUUUAUAGGGAAAUGCCUGCAAUAGUGAGUCAAAUAUUGCCAAAAAUUUAAUGAUGUUGCAUGCUGUCAAUUGCUAUUCAUCGUCUUCCACGCUGGUAGAACUAGAAACAUGUUACUAAUUGUUAGUAUAUACUCAUACCUCGUUUGUAUUAUAAGCAAAUUUAGAAAAUCUCCUCUAA